UGUUAAAAUCCCCACAUGCACGUGUCUCCCCCUCCCCAGAGUGAUCUGGUUCUGGAGGCCUUCCGUGUCCAUGCCAGCGCUCGGAUCGGGGCCCUAGAGCAGGGAUUGGAAUCCCAGCGGGAGCUCUGCACCCUUAUUGAGGAGGCUCGUGAGCACCAGAGAUCCUGGACUGUGGAGUCUCAGUCGUUCCUGGACACCGCAAAUACUUCCCUGCAGAAUCUGCAGGAAGACCGAGGAACCCUAAACCAACAGGUAAGAUUGUCCGGCUCUGCGACGCUCUGUGGCUGAGCCUCUGA